AUGGGUGCUCAACAGUCAAAGCCGACACUUCAUGAAAAGGCCGUCCUUGAGAUCCUCCAGAACCUCAGGGUUCAAGACGAUGAUGAAUAUGUCGAGAUCAGUACCGAUGCCGAAAAGGCUCCUUUGGGACCGUUGAUUCGCGAUGCCCAAGGCCUCUCGGUCCAUGAGCUUGAGUCAUGGCAGGCUGCUGUCCUCAAAGAUCCCAAGAACAAACUUGCCCUUACAGCACUGAGCUCUGCCGACCCAAGGCAGGUUCUCUCUUCACUGCCGACCGAAAUCGCAGACCAGCAGAUCUACAAUGUCAAAAUCCCCUUCGAGGGCGACCCUAUCACAAACCAACGCUCAAGCGGCCGCUGCUGGCUCUUUGCGUCCACAAAUGUCUUCCGAGUCGCUCUCAUGAAGCGAUAUAACCUCGAGAGUUUUGAGCUCUCGCAGCAAUAUCUCUUCUACUGGGACAAGCUCGAGAAGUCCAACUGGUUCUUGGAACAGAUCAUUGACACUUCUGGAGAAGACCUUGAAGGACGUCUUGUCCAGAACCUCCUUGGUGAUAUCGUCUCGGACGGUGGCCAGUGGGAUAUGGUGUACAACCUUGUUGAGAAGUACGGUCUUGUGCCUCAGACGUUGUACCCUGAUACUUGGAAUGCCCAGAGCUCAGGUAUUCUCAACAAUGUUAUCAAGACCAAGCUCCGAGAAUUUGCCCUCAAGCUACGAGGAAUGAUCAACUCCGAGAAAGGUGUCUCUGCUGCCUCAGUUUCAUCCGCAAAGGAAAAGAUGUUGCGUGAGAUUUCUCUUAUCAUGACUCUCCUCCUAGGACCACCACCAAGCCCCGAGGAGGCCUUCACUUGGCAGUACAACGACAAGAAGGGAAAGGCACACGAGCUCAAGGCUACACCCAAGGAAUUCGCAAAGAACAUAUACAGCUCCGAUUUCCGCAUCACAUCCAGCACCAUAGAGACCAUGAUCUCACUUGUGCACGACCCUCGCCAUAAGCCCAUGUCUCUCCUCUCAGUCUCACGUCUUGGUAACAUCGUUGGUGGUCGUGGAGUGAGCUACGUCAACGUCGACAUCAACACCCUCAAGGUGGCUUGUAUCAAGAUGCUCAAGGCCGGUCUGCCCGUGUUCUUCGGCAGCGACGUAGGCAAGUUCAGCGAUUCCAAGUCCGGCAUCAUGGAUCUUGAUCUCUACAACUACGAGCUAGGCUUCAACACAAGUUUACUCGGCAUGAGCAAGGCACAGCGACUCACGACCAAGGAAAGUCAGAUGACACAUGCAAUGGUCCUAACAGCAGUCCACCUCGAUGAGGAGACAGGGAAACCCGUUCGUUGGAGAGUACAGAACAGCUGGGGAACUGCUGCUGGUGAUAAGGGAUGGUUUGUCAUGAGCGAUGCCUGGCUCGAUGAGUUUGUUUAUCAAGCUGUCGUAAACCCACAGUUCUGCACGAAGGAGGUAAGGGAUGUUCUCAAGAAAGAAGCCAUUGUCCUUCCUCCAUGGGACCCUAUGGGCGCGCUGGCCUAA